AUGUCGACGUCUGCAACUUCACCGUCCACCCCACCGGUGUACCCUGCCGCGUACUCUGGAAUACCAGAAAGGCUGUUGCACAAGGCCGUGCGGGAGAAGUCAAGACUAUGGGAGAAUCAGUCGAAAGAGUUUCAGACUCCUAGGAAGAGAGGAUUAGCUGUUCCUGCCGGCAUUGGCCGUACGGAGUUCGUGAAGGCUCUCGACGAAUUGUCGCAGAGUCUUGGGAAAGACCAUGUCGUGCUGAAUGAUCAGCCUCUUGAAGACGGGUGGUAUAUGGAACAUCCCAACACGCACGACGCCUUCAUGAUUAUGGAUGAAGAAGAGACAGUCUCAUCUGCAUGUGUCUAUCCUGGGAGCGUUCCCGAGGUCCAACUCGUCGUUGCGUGGGCAAACAAGCACCUCGUUCCUCUUUACCCUAUUUCGAUGGGAAGAAACUUGGGCUACGGUGGCGCGGCCCCACGAGUCCGCGGGUCAGUCAUUGUCGACAUGGGCAAGCGGAUGAACAAGAUCUUGGACAUCAAUCCCGAUGAUUGUACCUGCUUGGUCGAGCCAGGGGUCUCAUUCUACGCGUUGUACGAAGAAAUCCAGAAACGAGGCUACAAGAUCUGGGUGGACACACCUGAUCUCGGUGGUGGCUCAAUCAUUGGCAACACGCUGGAGCACGGAGUCGGCUACACGCCCUACGGAGAUCAUUGGGGUGCUCAUUCAGGUCUGGAGGUCGUCUUACCCACAGGCGAAUUGUUUCGAACCGGGAUGGGAGCUCUACCUGGUAGUGAUGCGUGGCAGACCUUUCCCUAUGGGUUCGGGCCGGUCUCGGACGGAAUCUUCUCUCAGUCAAAUUUUGGCAUCGUCACCAAGAUGGGAAUGGCAUUGAUGCCUGAUCCCGGUGGUUGCGAGACCUUUCUGUACACCUUUCAACACGAAGACGACCUGCUUCUAUUGGUUGACACUGUGCGGCCAUUGAGAAUCGCGAAUAUCCUUGAGAAUGUGGCGCAGAUCAGACACGCGACCAUCGAAAUAGCUGUAUCUGGGAAACGUCGCACAGAAUUCUACGACGGUACUGGACCGAUACCUGCGGAAGUCCUCCAGGGCCAUCUUGAGAAGACACCUAUUGGCAGAUGUAACUGGGUCUACUACGGCACGCAAUAUGGCCCGGAGAAAAUUCGCAAGUACAAAUUGGAUAUCAUCCACCAGGAGUUCAUGAAGAUCCCCGGCGCGAAGAGGAUUGAUCCGCAAUCCCUGCCCAAAGACCACUACUUCUGGUCACGAGCCAAGAUCGCGGGCGGCCAGCCGGACUUCGAAGAGCUUUCUUAUCUCAACUGGGUGCCAAAUGGUGGACAUCUGGGCUUCAGUCCCGUGUCGCCGACUCGAGGGUCGGAUGUCCUCAAAUUGUGGAAGAUAGCCAAGGAGAGACACGAUCAGUACGGUAUUGACCUCUUCAUGACCUUCUGCGUCGGUCUGAGGGAGCUGCACAUGAUCAAUCUUGUUGUCUACGACCGUGGAAGUCCCGAACGGAGAAAGGCUGUUGAGAAAUGCAUGCGUUCCAUGAUCGAUGAUGCGGCAAAAUCGGGGUACGGAGAAUACCGGACGCAUUUGCUCUUCCAGGACCAAGUCGCUCGGACAUACAACUGGAACGACAACGCUCUCAUGAAGUUCAACGAGAAGUUAAAGGACGCUCUUGACCCGAAUGGCAUUCUUGCUCCUGGAAGAUGUGGUAUCUGGCCAGAGCGGUAUCGUGGCAGAGGCUGGGAGAUUGGAAAGGAUGGGAGGGAGACUUCAGAAGGACAAGGAGUCCGACCUCCGGCAGGCAGUACGAGAUUGUGA